AAACAAGUGUCACAUUCAGAAAUUGCCACGUAAGCCCAAAAAAGCACUUGCAUAAAUCAGUCUUCGCCGCCGUGAACGGGGCGGUCACCGCCUCCACCGUGACCUCUGCACAAAACCCGAAUUCAACUCGUCGAAACAGCGAGCGAAGAAGAAAAUGAAUAACGCCAACAAGAUGCGCAUGGCAUUCACCGUUGCCACAUUAGCUGCUGCUAUCAUCUCCAUCUUCUUCACCUUGCGAAGGCGCAAGCAAAAUAAGUCCGCAUCGAGUUCGUGCUAUUUAUAUUCUGAAACGAAACCUCAGUGCGCGUUUAAGCGAGUGUUAGCAGAUAAUUCCUAUACUGCGUUCAAGCACCUGAUUAACGACGAGAAUGCUUCAAAUUCGCAUCCAUUUGAGGCAGAGAUUACAGCAUUGUUAAGAAAUCCCCAUCCUGAAAUUGAGCUUAGUACUGAGAUUGUGGACUUGGAAAUGAAGGUAUCGUAUGUUUGGGUUGAUACAGAGAUGCAAUUGAAGGAACUGGUUAAUGUAUUAAGCGAAGAAAGGUUCUUUGCUGUUGACACCGAACAACAUAGUUUACGAUCUUUUCUAGGCUUUACAGCAUUAGUUCAGAUUUCUACAGGGGUGAAAGAUUAUUUGAUUGACACAAUUGCCCUGCAUGAUUUUAUGGGCAUUCUUCGCCCAGUUUUUUCCAAUCCUACAAUUUGUAAAGUAUUCCAUGGGGCUGACAAUGAUAUACUCUGGCUACAGAGGGACUUCCACAUAUACAUUGUUAAUCUAUUUGAUACUUCGAAGGCAUGCGAGGUGCUGUUGAAACCACAGAAAUCACUUGCUUAUUUGCUUGAAACUUACUGUGGUGUGACAACCAAUAAAUUAUUACAGCGUGAAGAUUGGAGACAACGCCCUCUUUCAGCAGAAAUGGUACAUUAUGCACGAACGGAUGCACACUAUCUGAUGUAUAUUGCAAACUGUCUCAUCAAUGAACUCAAACAACUGGACAAUGAAAACUCUUGCUCCGACGACGAAUUCCAUUUUGUCCUCGAGGCUAGUCGACGAUCAAACAUGAUUUGUUUACAACUUUUCACAAAGGAAAUUGAAGCUUUUCCUGGAGAAUCUGCUGUAUUAUCAUUAUUUUCACGUCACAUGAGUAGUAAUGGCUUUCCCUCAGUUUCAAAUGAAACUAAGGUUCAGAAUGUUGUGAGACAACUGUGCGCAUGGAGAGAUCUGAUGGCUCGUAUUCAUGACGAGAGCUUAAAAUACGUACUGUCAGACCACGCAAUUGUUGCUUUGGCAAGUCAGCCUACAACGAGUCACUCUGAAAUAUACAACACCAUAGCUCAGACUGAUAUCAAUGUGGAGACGGGUGUUAACUCUUUCAUCCCUUCCCCGUCUCCUGUUGUUUGCAGUCACCUGAGCGAUAUCUAUCAUCUGCUUGCAAAUGAGUUGGCCAACAAUGAUAAUAUUUAUUCGCUGAUUCUUCAAAGGUGUUUAGGUCAAAAUGGGAGUUGCCCACUUUCUGUAUUUAAUUAUGCUUUGUUGGUUAACAGUAACCUAAGACCUACUUUAGCCUAUAAGCACCUGGGCCCUAAAAAUCCUAAACAAUAUUCGCGGAAGUCUUCUCGAGAUUUGUUUGUUCAAAAAUUCUCUUGUAAGUCUCCUGUUUAUCACAAUUGCCGGAUAUUUGCUAAUGAUGGGAGACUACUCUGUUAUUGUGAUCGGAAGAAGCUUGAAUGGUACCUUACUCGGGAUCUUGCAAAACUUAUUGAUGAGGACCCCCCAGCUAUAAUGCUCCUAUUUGAACCCAAAGGCCGGCCAGAGGAUGAAGGCAAUGAUUUUUAUAUCCAGAGUAAGAGAAAUAUAUGUGUUGGGUGUGGCCAAGGAAAUCACUAUUUACGGUAUCGAAUAAUCCCAUCAUGUUACAGAAUACAUUUCCCUGAGCAUUUGAAAAGCCAUCGCUCUCAUGAUAUUGUCCUCCUUUGUGUGGAUUGCCAUGAAGUUGCCCAUGCUGCUGCAGAAAAGUAUAAGAGAAAAAUAGCUGUUGAAUUUGGGAUUCCACUCUACGUUCGUAGUGUAAUUCAUCCAGGGCAAGAGACUGAAAAACAGAUAGAAGAGGGAGGUGUAUCUCCAUUACAGUUACGGACAGCUGCAAUGGCUCUUCUACGCCAUGGACCAAGAAUGCCUCUCAAUCGCCGUGCAGAACUAGCUGAGAUUGUAAAGAAAUAUUAUGGAGGAAGGGAGAUAUCUGAGGAAGAUCUAGAAAGAGCUUUACAAGUUGGCAUGACGCCUCAUGAGAGAAGACGAUUUGAGAAGAAGAGAGGGUUUUCUUUUAGACAUUCUGCGGCGAGUACUGCUACUGUGCGAGAACAGGAUAAUCAUGCUAGUUGUGCACCCAGGCUGUGUGAUGUGGACGUAUUGAAAGUUGAUGCUCAUGACGGCUCAUAUGCAAAUGAAGAAACAAGAAGUGAAGUACAUAAAGAAGUUUCCACGAGAAAAGACGAUUUUGGAAACCCCACUUUAGCCUCUGGUAUUGCAAUUAAUGGAGCUGUCUCUGCAGCUCUGAAUGGAAAUACGAUCCCAGUUGAAACUACACUUUAUAACGAAACCAGUGACUCUGCUGUAAAUGUUGAUAAUAGCCAUCUGAGCAGAAGGCAAGAGAACGGAGAAAGUGACUUGUCUUAUCUCCCCAAAGAUGAAAAAUCGACAAAAGCUCAACAUAAUUCAAAACUAUCACUCUUGGGACAUGGACCACAUGGUAAGCAAGUUGUAGAACAUAUAGUGAAGGUGUAUGGUGAAGAUGGCAUUCGAGAGUUUUGUCAAAGAUGGAGACAAGUAUUUGUGGACGCUGUAAAUCCACGUUUUCUUCCUGCUGGUUGGGACGUAAAACACAGUGGACGAAGGGACUUUGGGGUGUUCAGCGUAUACAAUCCUGACAAAAUAGCAGCUGCUGCUAGUAGAGAGUAACUAGCAGGACCUACAAUUAACAUGGAUAUUUUGGUGCUUCAAUGCUAUCAAAAUAUCUGAUGCUUCACUUCCUCUCAUGGGAUAGAAAUUACACCAAAUGAACACGAUAAUCUUAUUUUGUAGUUAAUUUUAUAAUUUGAGGAUAUUCAAUUAUUCACCUUUUUGUCAUAAGGACAAAAUGGCUUCCAAGAACAUUUUUGUCAUGCUCUAAUUAUUCAAAUAAAAAAUACGAGCAUUUUCU